CAACUCUUCUCAUUCUUUACCGGCGAGCACACGCCAACCCCACGGACGCGUACGGGAGGCUGAUAUGUACCUUUUUAGCACUCUUCAGAGAUGACUAGCGAUGUCUCGGGACCCACCACACCGGUAAUGUGGAGCGUCCAUUCUACUAUAUGCUACAUUAUCGAGUUCACCGCUCCACGGCGAAGUAUAUUUUUGCGCGAAUCGACAUGCACCUCUACCCUCGAGCCGAUGCAGUAUUUAAAAUCGCGCCGGGCGACAAUGGCAUAAUACCCGAUGCAACGAUCAAGAUACUGGGGCUGGCCACCGACGAUAUAGGACCGCGGUUGAGCAUUACGUCAAUCACUCUGUGCGUCAUCUCCCUGGCCGUCGUGACUACGAGGUUAUAUGGUAGGGCGUGCAUCUUAAGGAUGGUUGGCCGGGAGGACUACUGCAUCGUUGUUGCCAUGGCAGCUGCCGUAGGGCUGUCGGUCAUGAUGGCUCUGUGCGUGGACGCAGGUGUGGGGAGACAUAUAUGGACGGUCGGUUACAAGGGGAUAGAGGCAUUUCUGAAGUAUGUCUACCUGAGUCAUCUGCUGUACCUCACAUCACUCGCCUUUGCACGCGCGUCACUUUUGUUGCAACUCCUACGACUCACGCCGUCGGUGCAGUGGCGGAUGGUGUUCUGGACGAUCUUCGGCAUCACGGCUACAUUCUCCGUCACGGCUUUCUUCCUGCACGCCUUCGUCUGCGGGAGAGACCCCUCGCAGUUCUGGGACGUCGAGAUGUACUUCUCGAAGAAUCAGUGCAUGGACUACUUCCAGCUGCAGACGGCCGUGGGAACAGUCAAUAUCUUUACCGACUUCGUGGUCUGGCUGGCGCCGCUCAGGAUUGUUUGGCAGGUGAAGCUGCCGUGGAAUCAGAAAGCUAGUCUGACUGUGGUUUUCUUGUUGGGCGCAACCGUAUGGAUCGCCGCCAUUGUGCGCCUUGUGUACGCCCACCAGCUCGGAGUGAAAGUCAGCGAAGGAGGGAUCAUGGACGUAUCGUACGAUGUCCUCAACGGCGUGCUCUGGUCCGUAAUCGAAGUCAACGUCGCCCUGAUCUGCAGUUCCCUCCCCACGAUCCGGCCGGUGAUAAAGCAGAUCAUCCCCGGCAUCCUGGGCACCAACGACACCGGUAGCCACUCCGCCAUGCCCCAGCACACGCCCAUCUCGACCGCCUAUGUAUCGCGCAAUAACAACUCGGUGAUCAAGACCGCGCCCAUCAAGCUCGCCGAUAUAGAGCGGUAUCCAUCGACGGAGGGGUUUGCAUCGACCCAGCAGUUUGAUGAUGAUGCUGAGGGGAGCCAUGGCCGCGGUCGCUUAAAUAGCGUGUUGUUUAAAAGGGUGGAAGCGACAGACACAGUUGGCCCGGCAGGCUGAGCUGAGUGUUGUUUUGAUAAUGAAUUCGAGUUCUCUAUGGAGUGUGGUGGAGGCAUGGGGCAGUCCAGACGACAGUGGGGGGGCAGAAGCAAGUCGUGUCCCGUUCCGAGCAAAUUCUUCGCUCGCGGUCGGUUUGAUCAGGAUCGAGCACCGUCGAUAUGCGAAGAAGCGAAUGAGAGAUUCAGGUUAUUGAUCUGGUCGAUAGAGCGUUGCAGAGAAUAAACGGCUUGAAGUUUUUGG